AGCUAUCUUAGUUUGUUUAAUGUUAUGUUAUGUUUUGAUACUAUUUUGUAUUUAAUACAUAAUUUUAUGCUUUUAAUUAGUUACGUGAUUUUAGUUCAUUAAAAGAAGCCAAUACAAAUAGUUAAAUAGUUUUAAAUUGUUACUUUUAUAAAUAUUUAGCUCAAGAUGCCUUCACCCGAAAAAUCGUCAAGCCAAUCUAGUUCUGACAGUACAAGAGCCCCAAGAACACCUAAAAGUAAUCAAGGUGAAUCUUCUACAACUCAAAGAACACCCAGAUCUUCACAAAGGUUGGCACAAGGACAGUCACACCAAUCAUCACCAGCACGAACUCCUUCACGUAGAACACAGCAAUCACAAGAUGGACCUCAAACUCCUUCUGGUGUUAGUAGAAGAGGAAGGACACCAGUAAAACCUGUAGCUGGUCAAUCUCAAGAUUCUGUUGCUUCCACACCAAUGAAAUGGGGCCGCAAUGCAAAUUCAAAUCGAAAUGAAAAUGUCACAGUUUCUGGAUCAGACAGUGUUUCAAUUCCUCCAACAUCACCUGCUCAGCCUUUGGCUCCCACUAGUCCUUAUGCUCAUUUAAACUUAAGUGAUAUCGAUUUGAGUUCUCCUUUAAAUUAUGGCACUCCCAGCUCAAUGGGAAGUAUCAGAACUCCCCGAUCUGGAAUUGCUGGAACACCUAUCAGGCUCCGACCUGACAUUCGUCUUGAUAAAAGAUUGCGACAAGUUCAUGUUAAUUCAGAUCCACCAAGAACAGAUCCUGCAGCACCUUCAGAUCGAGAUGAGUCUGAAUCAGCAGGACCUCAGCUAGUGAUUUGGGGAACAAAUGUUGUUGUAAAUGAAUGUAAGAGGAAAUUUAAAAGCUUUAUUGAGCGGUAUAUUGAUAACACUCCAGAAUAUGAUGAGAGAAGUGAGGGAAUGGAUUUAAAUGAACCUUUGUACAUGCAGAAACUUGAAGAGAUAAAAACAUUAGAAGAACCAUUUUUGAAUGUCAAUUGUGCACAUUUAGAAACUUUUGACGCUGCUUUAUACAGACAAUUAUUAUGCUAUCCUCAAGAAGUAAUUCCCACCUUGGAUAUGGCAAUUAAUGAAAUGUUUUUUAAUAAAUAUCCUGAGGCAGUAUUAGAUCACCAGAUCCAAGUUCGACCAUUUAAUGCUGCCAAAACUAAAAAUAUGAGGGCACUAAAUCCUGAAGAUAUUGAUCAAUUGAUUACUAUAUCUGGUAUGGUAAUUCGGUGCUCGAACAUAAUUCCUGAAAUGCGGGAAGCAUUCUUUAAGUGUAUUGUAUGCUCAUUCACUAGUGCUGUAGAAAUUGAUAGAGGUCGUAUUAAUGAGCCUACAUUGUGCUCUCACUGCAAUACAAAUCAUUGUUUCCAAUUAGUUCAUAACAGAUCUAACUUUACGGAUAAGCAAAUGAUUAAGCUUCAAGAAAGUCCAGAUGAUAUGCCAGCUGGCCAGACCCCACAUACCGUAAUAUUAUUUGCCCAUAAUGAUUUGGUUGACAUGGUACAACCUGGUGAUCGAGUAACUGUAACUGGAAUAUAUCGAGCCAUCCCAACUCAAGCUAAUCCUAGAAUGAGAAAUGUCAGGGCAGUUUAUAAAACUCAUGUUGAUGUGGUUCACUUCCGUAAGAUUGAUAACAAGAGACUUUAUGAAACUGAAGAGGGAAAAGACCAUGCUUUUCCUCCAGAACGUAUAGAAUUAUUGAGGCUGCUCUCUCAAAAACCUGAUGUAUAUGACCGGUUAGCCAGAGCUAUUGCUCCCUCAAUUUAUGAAAAUUUGGAUAUUAAAAAGGGAAUUUUAUUGCAACUUUUUGGAGGCACUAAGAAGACAUUUACGACUUCUGGACGUGAUCAUUUUAGAGCCGAAAUAAAUAUUCUUUUAUGUGGAGAUCCAGGAACAAGCAAAUCUCAGUUACUACAGUAUGUGUACAAUCUAGUACCUCGAAGCCAGUAUACAUCAGGCAAAGGAUCUUCAGCAGUGGGUCUGACAGCUUAUGUUACAAAAGAUCCUGAAACAAGACAAUUAGUAUUGCAAACGGGGUCUUUGGUUCUUGCAGACAAUGGAAUUUGUUGCAUAGAUGAAUUUGAUAAAAUGAAUGAUUCCACAAGAAGUGUUUUACAUGAGGUUAUGGAGCAACAAACUCUGAGUAUUGCAAAGGCUGGAAUAAUCUGCCAAUUAAAUGCCCGAACAUCAAUUCUAGCAGCUGCUAAUCCUUGUGAAUCUCAAUGGAAUAAAAAUAAGACUAUAAUUGACAAUGUACAAUUACCACAUACAUUAAUGUCUAGAUUUGAUUUGAUAUUUUUGAUCUUGGAUCCACAAGAUGAAUUAUUUGAUAGAAGAUUAGCUACACAUUUAGUUUCAUUGUAUUAUGCAACUGGACAAGAUGAAGAAGAUGAAUUAUUUGAUAUUAGUGUUCUACGAGAUUAUUUAGCUUAUGCUCGUGAACAUGUGCACCCAACUUUGAGUGAAGAGGCUCAACAGAAGUUGAUACUCGCAUAUGUAGAUAUGCGCAAGGUAGGCGCAGGAAGAGGUCAAAUAUCUGCAUAUCCGAGACAAUUGGAAAGUCUUAUACGUUUAGCAGAAGCUCAUGCGAAAGUAAGGCUCAGCCCAGUGGUUGAGCUAGUUGAUGUUGAAGAAGCAUGGAGGUUGCAUCGUGAGGCCCUAAAACAAUCUGCAACAGAUCCUUUAUCAGGUAAAAUAGAUGUAGGAAUUUUGACAACUGGUUUAAGCAGUGCUGCUAGAAAGCAUAAGGCAGACCUCAUACAAGCAAUAAAAGCAGCACUUAAAUCUAAAGACAAGCAGCCAACAAUAAAUUAUCAGAAACUCUUAAUGGAUAUUAAAGAAGGCAGUCAAGUUAUGGUAACUCGAGAGCAAUUUGAAGACGCACUUAAAGAAAUCCAAGAUGAAGGCCUCAUAGUUGUUAUGGGAAAAAGCACAAUUCGAAUUUGUUGA